AUUGGUCGCAUUUCUUUCAAUCGUUUGAGCAUAAAUGAGUUCUAAUGCGCAUCUGGUCACAGUAUUGUACUUCGAAUACAUUAUAUCUGACACAGUUGCAUAACCAAAUAUAGUAAACAGAAGAAAAAAACUAUUCCGUUCGAACAAACGGAAUACCUGCUACAUUCGGCAAUAGAUUGGAAAUUAAAUUUCCAUAAAUUCAUAUUUUACUUUGAGUCGAGUCGAUUGUGUGUUUUUUUUACUUCAUUUUCUUUUCUCCACAUUUCUUCAGUACGCAAUGAGCUAAUACUCUAAACACACAGACACACGGCAAGUGUGUAAAAACAAGCGUGUGCUCAACGAAAGAGAGUAAACAAAACAAUGCCGAUAUUGUUCAACAGAGUAUAAUAAUGUAAUAUUACCGUCUAAUUAUUUCUAAUAUAUGCUCAUUCUUUGUCUGCCAAUAUCUUAAUAGAAUAAUACCACAGCCAAUUAUCUCCGAAAGAUAACAAGAAAAAGACAUGCAGAAUAACAUUUUUUUUCGAACGUUGAAUUGAUGCUGUAUAUAUUUUUUUUUGCGCUCAGAAAGAAAACAAAGACUAACAAUAGUCAAAUUCAUAACAUGUAUUGAAUGUUUUUUUGUUAAAUUAUGCAAAAUGCUUAGGAAAUUUUUGCUAGUGAAACUAUUCAGUCUUUUUACAAUUGAAAUUGGAUCAGUCUCACGAUAUUAAGUUCAACCCAGCUAAUAAUUAGAAUUAUUGUCUUACGUGCAUUCUGUCGAGUUACAGAAUAAUUGACAGUGUCGAAGAAAUGUAAGAGUCCGAAAUGAAAGUCGAUUUUUUGUUUUCGCAAAUUACAUGUAGCGCUUUUGGCUCCUAUUCGCUCUGAAUCGUUUGGAGUUGAUUGAAAAUGAAACUCAUUUUCAUUUCGUUCGAUCAAAAACUGUGACGCUCCAAGUACAUUCGUCUUCGGAUCUUAUCGCAAUGAAUUGAUAACAAUUGACAUACACUUGUACACUUCUUUCAAGACAUCGCUCGAAAUUCAUGCAUUCCAGAUAGAAAAAAUGUGCUCGUCAACCGAACGGAUAUCAUUGUAUUCUGUAUCGCACACAAACUCAGUCGCCUAUUCAAUGGUUGCUUUAUAUUUUCCAGUAAAUAGCGUAGAAUACUGACAUCAAAUUAUUCUUAAAGUAUUGUUCAUUAAUACAUACGCAAAAUAUUGCAAAACAAAGAUAAAAAUAAUAUAAACGUUUUGUUUACAUUGUCUGUAUGAGGCUAAAACAUUUUCAAUAAAAAAAAAUAUGUCAUACAUUCGUCGUACAUCAUUUGAAGAGAGUGUCAGGUUAGCCGAUCGAUAUUGUGCGCUCUCUUCUUUGAUUUUCAAUAAUAAGUUUUUACAAAGGAAAUAAGUUUGAGUUUUCAAUAAAUCCUUUCAAAAUUUUCAUUCGAAAAAAAAAAAAAAAACAUUUUUAAAACAAUGCGAUUCGUCUAUAUAUUUGCCGGAGUAAUUAUAAUAGCAGUUUCCGUGCUAUAUUGGUUUGUGAUAUCACGAAUCGAUUUAUUUCAAUAUCGCGCAGUAAGAGUAGGAUAUUCAAGAUUUUACCAAUUGAUGGACGGUCUGUUCAAUGAGUUCCGAAAUGAAGGCGACGAUGAUAUCAAUGAGUUCACUUCGUUCGAGUCACUUCUCCGUUCAGAUGACGAUGACGAGGAAAAUGAAGUCGAUGAAAAUUUGUCAUGUUCCUCAUGGAAAUCGUUGAAUGAUUUAAUUGGUGUUAAUCAUGAACGUGUGAUGAAUAUAUCGAAGAAAAUUCGUAAAAAUCCGAGAAUAUUGAAUGAUCGGCUGGAAAAAGAUUUGUACAUUACCAAUACAAUCGUCACCAGUUAUAAUACACGUUUGAGUUCCGCAAUUGAGAAUUUACCAUCAUUUUUAUUGUCCUAUCACAAUCAGCUCGUUGAUAUGCUUGACACAGUGAAUUACAUAAAUCAAGGUUUUCAGUAUUUUAUCGGGGAUGCUGUGCAAAAAAUCGAUCACGAUCAAUUCGAAGCGCAUAAAUCGUCGUGUAUUCGUUUGGCAAAAAUUCUUCAACUCUUCGAAACGAUAAUUCAAUCACAAAAUGAAGCACAUCUUAAAUGUGCUUGCACCGUUGCCACGAAUUUAGAUGGGGUUGUCGAACAUUUUUUCGAAAGUGUUCAUUUAUGUGUCAACAAUACAGGUGAAGAAUUUUCGAAUUACAUUAAAGAAACUAUUACGCCGAUGGCAAAUUCAAUGGAAACAAGCAUUCGAGCAAUAAACCGUGCUAUGAAACGAUCGAAAACAUCUGUCGAAGUAUUUUAUCAACUUCCAAUGAAAUUGACCAGUUCAAGCUCGGCAAUUGACUUGUUGCAUGUUCAGCAUAGAACGCAGAUAUCGGGCAUCAUUGACCAGUAUGUUGCAUGCCAGGAGAAAGAGACAAGACGAACAUUUUUGAAGACCCGUGCAUUACUUAUUGACUUGAAGGAAUGUUUGAGGCAUGAUGAUAACGACGAAUUCUCAUUCAAAGUCUUCUAAUUGACGGCCAUUACAUAUUAUAAUCAGUUCCUGUGUGAACAAAACAAAAAAAAAACACAUCUUUUUUUCGUAUUCCAUGUUAAUCGAUUGUUUGCCAUCCAAAUAGCUGUAAGCACGAUUUAAUAUGUAACGGUUAUUGCAAAUGAAACUUUUUUGGCUUCACAAAAUAUGAAAUAAGAACUACAUCAAAAGAUGACCCGAAACGAAUAUAAUAAGCUACAAUUAUAACAUAGUCUUUUGUGAAGCGCAUGAAAUGACAAAACAAGAAAAAGAAACUUUCUUUGUUGUGAAGCACCAAAGAAUAUCUGAAUAUAUAAAAAAUAAACAAUUCAUUUUAUGAAUCGAAUAAAAAAUUGCUCAUACAUUUGA